AGCAGAGGGGUCACACCAAACACUCUGAUUUACAACACCUUGCUUCAUGCACUUUGUAGAAAUGGAAAGUUGGGAGGGCUAGAAGCUUGAUGUAUGAGAUGGUGGAACCGAAUGAUGUCACGUUUAACAUUUUAAUAUCCGGGUAUUGCAAAGAGGAGAAUUUAGUUCAGGCUUUAGUGAUGCUGGAGAAGAGCUUUGCCAUGGAUUUUGUUCCUGAUAUUGUCUCCGUGACUAAGGUUGUGGAAGGUCUUUGCAAGGCCGGCCGUGUAACGGAGGCUGCUGAGGUUUUGGACAGAGUUGAGUGCAUGGGGGCUUCACUUGAUGUUGUGGCUUAUAACACCUUGAUAAAGGGGUUUUGUGGAGUAGGAAAAGUAAAAGUUGGGAUUCAUUUCCUGAAGCAAAUGGAGAGUAGAGGCUCUCUUCCAAAUGUAGACACCUAUAACAUACUCAUAUCUGGUUUUUGUUAUUCUGGGAUGUUAGAUUUGGCCUUGGAUCUUUUUAAUGACAUGAAAACAGAUGGGAUCAGAUGGAACUUUGCUACAUUCGACACGAUAAUUAGAGGGUUGUGUUCAAAAGGAAGAAUCGAUGAAGGUUUUUCAAUUUUGGAGCUGAUGGAGGAAAGCAAAGAAGGCUCGGGAGGGCACAUUAGUCCUUAUAAUAGCAUAAUAUAUGGUCUAUUCAAGCAGAACCGUUUUGAUGAAGCAGUUGAAUUUCUAACAAAGUUAGGAAAGAUGUUUCCAAGAGCUGUUGACAGAAGCAUGACGAUUUUCGAACAUUGUAAGCAGGGGAGUAUUGACGAUGCAAAGAGGGUCUAUGAUCAGAUGAUUGAUGAAGGUGGAGUUCCAAGUAUUCUAGUUUAUGAUUGCCUAGUUCACAGAUUAUCUGAAAACAGUUGCGUCCGAGAAGCAGUUGAGCUGAUGAAUGAAAUGAUUGCCAAUAACUGCUUUCCAGUUCCAUCUACAUUUAAUGCAAUCAUUGCAGGUUUUUGCAGACAAGAAAAAGUUGAAAGUGCAUUGAAGUUCAUGGAAGAUAUCACUGCAAGAGAGUGUGAAACCAAUGCAGAAACUUAUGGUCCUUUGAUUAAUGUUACAUUAACAUCAGGUGCAUCAAAUAUCUCAAGAGGGAGUACCUCAUCAAUACAUGGUUGUUUUAGUGAAGGUGACAUUAUUGAAUCAGAAAAUUCCUUGAAUUCAAUUUUAAUCCAAAAGGGAAUGAAUUGUUCAGUCACAGAGGUACUUAGAGAGAAUAUUUGCAGAAAUUUAGUGCCAGAGUAACUCGAGAUUGUUUUCUUCCUGGCAAUAGGAAUCCUGAUUGGUUAACAUUCGUCGGUGAAGAUUCUUUUGUAACUUUCCAUGUCCCUCAAGUGAAUGGGUGGAAGUUAAAGACAAUGUUGUUAUGAAUAGUCUAUUCUUCUUCCCCAAACAAUGUACCAUCACAAGGCCCUAUUGUCGAAAAUCUGUUUAUCAUAAAUCACACGAAGACCAUCCCUUAUGUCUACGAUGGAGAUACACUGGCUUCACUUAGAGAUGAGGAAUGGCAGAAAGUAAUAUCAAACCUUGAAGCUGGUGACAAAGUGCAGAUUGUUGUUGCUGGGUUAGGAUUCACAAUGAAGAAGACCAGUUUAUCUCAUAUAUGCUGAACAAGUUGACCAAACCAGAGAGCAACAAGGUGAAGGUAUUGUUUCUGGUGAUAAUAUGGUAGCAGAUGCAAAUUUCACUGUUCAUGGUGGAGAUGAAAAAGAAUGAAAGUGACGAUAUCAAGAACAUUGUUGAACAUGUUACUCAUAUGCUAGACAUGAAGGAACUGUUUGUUGAAUGACAAAGAAUCCAUUGAAAUUUUUAGCUGGCAUGCAUUCAAAGAACCAUGUCUGAAAGAAGAGUUUGCUUUACUUGCUAAGGAAAAGUUGUUUCAUAUUGCGAGAGAUUGCCACUGGCUCUUGAGGUGAUUGGGUCCCAUUUGUUUAUUAGGAAAGUAUAUGAAUGGAGGAGUGUUUUGAAGAAACUCAAAACUAUUCCAAACAACGAUGUACAGAAGAAGCUUAAUUAAGAUAAGUUUUGAUGGUCUAAGUGAUGAUAGGUAUAGAGAAAUAUUUCUUGAUGUAGCAUUUUUCUUUAUUGGAAUGGACACAAAUGAUGUAAUUAAUAUACUAAAUGGUUGUGUGCAUUUUGCUGAAAUUGAAAUAAAUGUUCUUAUGAAAA